AUGAUUGACUGCAACCCAGUGGGGACGCCCGUGGACGGCAAUCAACGAUUGUCGAAGGAAAUGAGCCCGAAGGACGAACGUGAGAAGCAGCGUAUGGCAUUGGUUCCGUUCCGUGAAUUAGUGGGUGGCCUGCAGUUCCUGGCACAGUGCACUCGGCCCGACAUCGCUUAUGCUGUGAACUCCGUGAGUAGCUUUAGCAGUAAUCCGGGGGAAGCGCACUGGUCGGCAGCAAAGAGAAUCUUGCGUUAUCUGAAAGGAACGAAGCUGAUGAAACUGGUUUACGUGAAGAAAAAUGAAAGAGAAUUCGAAGGGUUCAGCGAUGCGGAUCGGGGCAACGACCCCGAAUCAAGACGAUCGAUCACUGGUUAUGUAUUCCAGUUUGCUGGUGGAUCGGUGUCGUGGAGCUGUCGCAAACAACCAACCGUUGCGCUCUCUACGACUGAAGUAGAAUAUAUGGCAAUGUCUGCUGCAGCACAAGAAGCGUUGUGGUGGCGAGGAUUCCGGAGCGAAAUAUUCGGAGUUCAUCAACCUGUUCAAAUAAACUGCGACAAUCGCAGUACAAUAUGCCUAGCUGAAAAGGAAAUUGGGUAUUCACCCCGCAGCAAACACAUCGAUUUGCGACACCAUUUUGUAAGGGAACAGGUCGAGUUAAAAACUAUUAAGCUGCUGCACGUUGAAUCGAAGCAACAGAAGGCUGAUGUUCUGACAAAACCGAUUACUGGACAAAAGUUUCUGGAUGCCAUGAAAGCUUUAGGAGUUACUAAAAUUCAUGCUUAA